CUAGAGCAGUUUAAAUAUGAGGUCCUUUAAUUGUUUUAAAAAGUAUUUGUUUCAAGGAUGUGUUUUAAGUGUUCAAAUUCAUAGGUAGUAGAAUCACCUAGUAUACAGGGAGUCUUGUCAUAAUGUCGUAUCAUGGCAAAAGAAAGGGAAUUCUUAAAAAGAGUGAUGAUCAACCAAACUUUAGGUUCAAGAAGUUGGGGUUAAGUAUGCCCACCUCUGACACUACUGCCGUCAAGUUUGCAGGCUACCAUGCAGACCCGAUCCAGGUGCAGGUUCGACUGCCCAAGCGGCAACCCAUCCCAGGCAAAGACAUCAUGCCCGAACCCCCUCCGGAAAAGGAGAAAGUGCAGAAAGAGGGGGAGAUGUAUCCCUUAAAAUGGCCCGCUUACACACACAGUGAUGUUGAGAAGAAAAUCAAGGGUGUUUUAGAGCCGCUGUCUUUAUUUACAACUUAUGGGGAUGAAGAAGAUGCUGAAGGAAAACCUAAAGUUGAACUUGAAAGACCCAAUACUCCCAUCAAUGAAGAAAUCCGACAGCAACCAUCUAGUUUAGAACAACUGGCCAAAUUUGUGCGGAGAAGAAUUAAAGCUAGACCAGAUGAUCCAUAUCUGUCCAUUGACGAUCAACAAAAUCUGGCUGGAAUUCUAAUGGGUGAAAUCAAUUUGAUAUGGCCAGAAAUUAGGAGACAAAUAGAUGACCCAUUUUUGAGUCCAGAACAAAACAAAGAACUAAACAGGAGAAUAGCUGUACACAUUGUUACUGUCUGUGAAGAACUGUUCAAUCACUACACCAAAAAGGCACAAGUUUUAAAUCAGAGAGGCAUUUUCAGUGGUCCAGCAAACAUGAGCAGACUUAAAGCCCAGUUAGCUUUGGAUGCAAAUAAAUUUUUCAAUAUUUUGACAAUUCGGAGAUACAUUGUGGAGGAUAUUCGUAAACAGGACAAAGAGGGAGAUACUGGGGAGGAUGUCGUCUAUUCAGCCAAACCAGAAAAACCAGUACGAACCAAGUCAGAUGUUCCAGUUCUGUCCUUCAAAGGGAUGAUACAGACAAGCCGUCCUAAGUCUAAAGUAAAGCGGUUCAGGUUUCAUACUCCAGAGCAAGAAGCAAAGCAGAUUGUGGAGAACAUGCCCUCUCUGGACACAUAUAAAGUUCUUGGUCUCCUAACAGACCUCCCCGAAAGAGACCUAAGGACACCUUCAGAAGCCUCAGAAGGGAAAGCUUCUAGAAUCUCUGACAGGGAAUUGCAAACCUCAGGAGUAUCAAAGGAAGAUCUUUCAAGAAGAAAGGUGUUGUUAAAGCGAUCUCGGUCCCUGCCCGAUAUCCAGUUUGGGGAGACGCUUCUUGAGGAGCUUGGUAUUGACCGCUCCAUCAAAAAGGACAUCCUUGCUCAGUAUGAAAUUGACAUCCUCAAGCGGCAAAUGGCUCAACAGAAACUACAGCAGAAGAAGGAGAAGAUUGUAGUUGACACAAGUAAAAAGCCACAGCCUGGAACGCGGGAGUAUGCUGCUGAGGAUUUACAGCGCCUCGUGAGGCGUCCUCAGGACACCGAGGACCCCAAAAUAAAGGAGGACCUGCCACCAUUGCUACAGGCCAUCACAAGGAGUGCCAAACAUGAUGGCCUGAAAGAGAGAUUAGAGCAGAGGAUGAGAGAACUCGAAGAGAGAGAAAGAAGGGACAUCCAAGAACAGAGUGUUAAGAUCCGAGAGCCCACCCACCCCCAGCCAGCAACCGUCAGUGCCAGACUCCCAGGGAUGGAGGUCAGAGCAUCAGAUAUCCGAGUUUCAGAGCGGGUUUGCAUGUCAUCAAUCACCAUCGAUGGAUAUACCACUGUAUACAAUGAACUCACUGAUGAGAUUGAUCCAGCCACUGUUAAAAACCUGGACAAGAAUCUGUUCCUCAGUGAUGAAAUCAAGGAAGUAUACAGGGAAAUCAUGAAGACAGUGCCCACUGAUCAUCUCCGACUGGAUGAUGAUGAAAUGGUACAGAAAGCUGCUGAGGAUGUGAAUCUAUCAGGCACCAUGGCCUCCUCCACACUGGCAAAGAGGCCCAGCCAGAGGGUCAUCAAUCCCGCCCUCAACAGAGGUCAAAAGGCCCCCUGGGGGGAAAUGGACCCAAAACAAUGGGUCAGAACUCCUCAUAAUCCUCCAAAGAAUUUCUUGGGUGAAGAUACAUUUAGUCCAACUACUCCAAAUAUGGAUAAGAUUCACGACUUCAUGCACAAUCCUCGGAAAAUGGCGCAGAUGAAGGAGCAGACAGAAAACAUGCCUAAGUUUGUGGCAGAGAAGAUGUCCAGGACGUACGCCUCGUGGCUACAGUGGUGGCGGAGUACCAUCACCAGCGACGAUUACAUGAAAUACCUGUCCACCACGGAGUCAGAUUACAUGGGUGUGGUGUUUCAUUUCUAUGACUCUGAGGAUGAGGAUGAGGAGGAAGAUGAGGAACCUACGCCUCGCUUCAAUUUACCAAGAAUGGGAAUGUCUCCAUUUAAACCUCACUCCAGAGCAGGGGGUCAACCCAGCAAACUGGCAGAACUGAAAUCACCAACUUUAAGUAGUAAAUCAUGCAGGGAGAGAGAGAAGAAGAUUGAAGAACUGAAACAAGAGAAAACUAGAUAUGAAGAAGGGAUGUGGAAUGUAAAUGCUGUACUUAUGGGUGGACUAGGAAAAGACCCGAUCAUUGCAGAGGCGCAAGAUGAUGAUGAUGCCUCCUCAACAAGGAAGAAGUCAGCAGACACCACUAAAUCUGCCAAAACUCUCCAGGAGAGAAUGGCAGCAAGGCACUCUGCAAAACUGGAGAAGGCUGGCAGGGAAGUUGCUAUGACCUCUCGGGCCUCGAAAGUGACCACUGUAACAGGAACCAUCAGUAAACUAGAGACAGAUCGCACGGAAGAGAGUGGAGAUGUAGAGUUGACCCCCCAGGAGAGAUUGGAGAAGGUCUGGAAUGCCCUGGAGAUGCCAGAUAACCUAAAGCUGGACAUGGCCAUCAAAUACAGCACCAACGAGUACUAUGUCAAACUGUUUGAGGCCAUUGAACGUUGGGAGAAGGUCACAGAGCUGAUACUGAAGAGAGAAGACCUGCUGGCAAAGCUUGAAAAGUUCGAGAGGGCGGCCUCAGACCCAAACAGGUUCUUUGAAAAAGGUAACAAAGGAAGCUCGGUGAAAAGAUUGCAAGAAGCGAAACAAAGGAGUUAUUUAUACAAGAGAAUAGAAUAUUAUGACCAGGAGAUUAAAGUGGAAUUAAAUUUUAUAAAGAAGCAUUUUAAGGAUGAAGUCUCAUAUAAAGGCCGUCCAUAUGAAGAGAAAAUAAAAUGGGAUAGGAUUGAGAUGUUGUAUUGGCUGCAGGAAGAAAGGAAGAGCAGCGCCAUCCGAUACGAGUCCAUGAUGAGGCCAUUCCAGGUGGGCACUGCCCAGUUAGAGCCCAUCCCAAAUCUUCCACAGGAAGGAGUGGUAUAACCAUUAAUGCCCAUUCCAAAUCAGAGUGGUUCUGUGUAUAAUAAAAAAAAACCAAGCCCAUGGGACAGGAGAUUUUACAUAUUGUCCUUUAUUAUAUCUGUGAUGAAUAUUGUACCAAACACUAUAGCUGCUUUUUGAUGGUCUGUGAUAUUAAAUAAUAUGAACACACUUUUAUCCGUAUUUGAUAGUAGUGUAUAUGCAUCUGAUGUUUAAAUGCUGGAAUAUUUACACAUGAUAAAUAAACCUUUUUAUGUGCAGAG